ACUGCACCCACCUGGCGCCCAGCCCAAGCUGCUCCCCGGACCAGGCGCGGCGCUGCGCGGUGCUGGCAGACCCCGAGGGACCCUUCACGGGGUGUCACGGCGCGAUGCCGCCCCACACGUACCUGGGGACCUGCGAGCGCCACGUGUGUGGAGGAGGGGGCGACCCCUGCCCCGGCUUUCAGGGCUACGCAGCCGCGUGCCAGGCAGCCGGAGGUGCGCUCCGGGAGUGGCAGGAGGCCACGGGUUGCCCUCUCACCUGCCCCCCCAAGAGCCGCUACCAGCUGUGUGCCCGCACCUGUGAGCACACCUGUGCAGGUGUGUCGGUGCCACCCCCGUGCAGCGAGCGCUGCUUUGAGGGGUGUCAGUGCGCCGAGGGGCUGCUGUUCGAUGGGGCCCGCUGCGUCCUCCCCGGCACCUGCGGCUGCCUGCACCAGGGGCGCUACUUCCAGAUUGCUGAGACCAUCCUGACCCCUGACUGCUCCCAGUCCUGCACCUGCCGGGGGCCCGGGGGCCUCCAGUGCCGCCCCUUCACUUGUCCCUUCAGCCACACCUGUGGCCUCCGUGAUGGCACCCGCACCUGCAUUUGCACACCCGGGGCGCUGUGCCCUGUCCCCUGCCACCCGCUUUGUCACCUUUGACGGUGUCACUGGGGCCACCCUGGCCACCGGCAUCUACAUGGUGGCCAGCGUGUGCAACCCCCGGGACCCUGCAUGGUUCCGGCUGCUGGAGGACAUCAGGGACAUUGGGGACCAGCCAGCAGUGGUGGCACUUCACCUCUUCACCCCCCAUGGCCUCAUCACUGUGCGGAGGAACAGGAAAGUCUGGCUCAAUGGGGUCCCCACGCCUCUGCCCUUGGAGCUCCCGGGGCCAUUGGCCAUCACGGAGGUGCUCACGACCCUCCGGAUCAGCCGGAUCCCGGGAUUUCUGGUGGAACUGGGUGCCACGGGGGUGACAGUGGAGGUGCCCAGGGAAGCAUGGGUGACGCUCUGUGGCCUCUGCGGGGACUUUGACGGUGCCACCAGCAAUGACCUGCGAGGGCCCGACGGGACGGUGACGAGCGACGCGUGGGCACUGGCCGAGGCCUGGCGGGCGCCCGACUUCACCCAGUGAUGUGGAACAUUGGCAUUUCACCUGAGUGGCCGCGCCCCAUCGCUGACGUCACCCUCAAACCGCCUCAGAUCUGGAAAACCCGGAUUUUUAUAAGCCCCCAAACGGUGCUUUCGCCCCAAAAUAAAACCUG